UUUUCUUCCUCCUUUUACAACAGGACUGGAUGUGUAGAUCGUCACAUGUUGUUUCCCCCCUCUUUCCUCCGGACACGAGCAGACAUGUGCUAUUUAUUUCUCAGCUGUGGGGAGAAGAAGACGAACGCUCGCGCAGCUCGCGCUCUGGAAAUAGAGGAUUAAAACAUAAAAAGCGCGUCGUUUCUUUUAAUUUGUCCCCCCUUUUCUUGUUGCAAACUCGAGGAGAGAGAGAGAGGAAGAGGAAGGAAGCAUUGUGUCGGGGAGAAGCGAAAGGACACGAGAAUGGCGAGUCCGCCACACACGGGAGAGCCGCCUUUAUUACCCGGUAACACCAACGUAAACAACGCGAUUAAGAAAUGCGGAUAUCUAAAGAAGCAGAAACACGGACACAAGCGCUUUUUCAUCCUCAAGGAGCCGAGCGAAGGGCUCCCUGCCCGGCUGGAGUACUACGAGAGCGAGAAGAAAUGGAGAAACAAAUCGGCCCCGAAGAGGGUGAUUCCUCUGGACUGCUGUCUCAACAUCAACAAGAGAGCGGACGCGAAGCACAAAUAUCUCAUCGCUCUUUACACCAAGGACGAGUACUUCGCCGUGGCGGCGGAGAGCGAGCAGGAGCAGGAGAGCUGGCACCGGGUGCUCACGGAUUUAAUGGCCGAGGGGAAAGUGUACGACGGCUCCGCGGCGUCCAACUCCGCGUCCUCGCUGGUCGGCUUCGACGAGGCGAGCUACGGGGUGAUCACGCCGGUCGCCGCCGCCUACAAAGAAAUGUGGCAAGUCAACCUGAAAUCCAAAGGCUUGGGCCAGAGCAGGCAUCUGAUCGGGGUGUACAGGCUCUGCCUCUCCAGCCGCACGAUCAGCUUCGUGAAGCUGAACUCGGAGGUCGCCUCCGUCAUUUUACAGCUGAUGAAUAUCCGGAGGUGCGGCCAUUCGGACAGCUUUUUCUUCAUCGAGGUUGGCCGAUCCGCAGCCACGGGUCCCGGGGAGUUUUGGAUGCAGGCUGACGACUCCGUGGUGGCGCAAAACAUCCACGAAACUAUCUUGGAGGCGAUGAAAGCCAUGAAGGAGCUGUCGGAGUUCCGUCCGCGCAGCAAAAGCCAGUCGUCUGGGACGAACCCCAUCUCCGUUCCCACGCGGAGGCACCUGAACAAUCUCCCCCCCAGCCAGACCGGGCUCCCCCGGCGGUCGCGCACCGACAGCAUGGCCAUGACUUCUCCUGUGAGCAAAUUUUCCUCCUGUCGAAUACGCACGGCCAGCGAGGGCGAUGGCACCAUGGCACGCCCCAUGUCGGUGACUGGAAGCCCCCUAAGCCCAGGGGUCCACCGGACCCUCCUGACCAGAUCUCACACCAUUUCAAUGCGCCCUUGUCGGACAUUUGAAUCCUCUUCCCUCCAGCACAGUAAGUCCAUGUCUAUGCCCCUAUCUCCUACCCCACCCCUGACCACCCCUAGCCUGGGCAAUCUCUCUUCCUGCCAAGACAGCGGUGCGCCUCGGCCCUCCAGCUGCAGUGCCUCCUUCUCAGGCUCCCCCAGUGAUGCAGGCUUCAUAUCGUGUGAGGAGUACGGCUCCAGCCCCGCAGACGCGCGGGACCCGAGGUUACUGCUCACCUUACGCAGCAACACUCCCGAGUCCCUCAAAGCUGACACUCCGCCCUCCCGGGACGGCAGUGAGCUUGAGGGCUACAUGGUGAUGGAGCGGCAGAAUGGUUACCGCCGGUUAUCAGAGCUGGACAAGGUUUACCGAAAGCGAACAUACUCCCUUACUACCCCCCGCCAGCAAAGAGGUCCCCCCCAAGUAUCUUCAGCCUCUCUCGAUGAGUACACUCUCAUGAGGGCCACUUACAACAGUGGAAUCCAGUCUUCUCGGAGGUGUCACACCGCCUCCCCUAAAGGCAUGUAUCCUGAGGAUUACAGGGAUGUUCAGAUCAGCGUUAGCGGUCUCCAAGGUGACAGUGGCUAUAUGCCCAUGAUGCCAGGUAUGUCACCACAGACACCGUGGUCCAAGCACGACCUCUAUAUGCCCAUGAGCCCCAUGUGUGUUUCUGCGCCGAAGCAGAUCAUCAACCCCCGUUCACACUCUUCAGCGGGGCUGGCCCCACACACCGACUCCCCCGGGAGUGUUUCUCUGGAGGACAGUGGCUAUAUGCGGAUGUGGUGUGGAACCAAGAUGUCGGUGGAGAGCGCUGAUGGAAAGCUCACCAAUGGAGAGUACUUGAACAUGUCUCCCGUUGACCCCCUGGUGUCUCUCACACCCCCAGACUACAUUCUCAGUCCUCCAGGCGGAGAUCUCCACCCCCACCCACAUCACAAACAGCCUUAUUCUUACAGCUCUUUACCACGCUCACUUAAAGGCCAGUUGCAGCGCAAUGGGUCCACAGACAAAGACCAGUAUGUGGUGAUGUGUUUACAGAGACAACGGAUAGAAGAGGAGUCCAACUAUUGUCCUGUCACUCCAGGAGGCUCUCCGGGGGCACCAAGCACCCCCGCUCCUGCCCCAUCUCCUCUCAGAGUGGCUCGGGUAGAUGGAGGUCUGGUACACCGGAGCCGGGUGUGUCGGCCCACCCGCCUGGCUCUGGAAUCCCUCAGAACACUACCAUGUAUGAGCGAACACCCGCUUCCCUCAGAGCCACGCAGCCCUGGAGAGUACAUAAACAUAGACUAUAGUAGUGCUGCUUCCAACCUGCUUGCAUCUACAGUGUCAGCAAGUUUGGAGUCCUCUGUGAGUUUAAUGUGUGCAGAGAGGGGAUCGCUUCCACUCUCAGACUAUGCUAAUAUUGACGUCAGUUCCCCGGGUCACCUUGGUUCACAACAACCCAAGGGUUCCCCCCCUCCAGGGUGCCUAAACCACACGCCUGAAGUCUUGAUGUGCCCUAAUCUGGUGAACGCCCAAGGAGAAGAGAAAAAAAGCACAGAGAGACCGGCCGAGGAGAGGGGGAUGGUAGAGGAAUAUCCUCUCCAACAGCAGGUGAGCCUGGUGUGUCAGUCUGCUCCAGUCAAGGAUGACUACACUGAGAUGACUUUCAGUCCUGCUGCCCCUCUACCUGCUCUCUGCAUCACUGAUGAUGCUCCCCUCCCCACCAGCCCCACUGCCUGUGUCCAGAGACUCAGCCUCGAGAGCGGCAUUGUGAACGGGGUGCCCUCCGUGAAAGGGGACUCAUUUCUCCUGGGGGGUCCUUCGUUAUCGCUCACCCUUGUGGAUCCACACGGAGGGGCCAAAGUAAUCCGGGCUGACCCUCAGGGGCGUCGGCGGCACAGUUCUGAGACCUUCUCCUCCACCACCACUGUCACACCAGUGUGCCCAUCCUUUGCUCAUGACACCAAACGGCACAACUCUGCCUCUGUGGAGAAUGUAUCCCACGCGGUUUGCAGCUCUGAGGGUUCAGACGAGGACUACGGCAGCAACAGCCCCAUGUGCAGGGAGAUGUCAGCCGGUUAUCAAAAUGGACUGAACUACAUUGCCUUAAACUUGAUGGAGGGAAACCUUGGAGGAUGCAGGUUAGGAGGCUGUGAUGGACUCUUGAGUUUCAAGACGACGGCCUGUGGCUGCAAGGGGGGCAUGAAUGGUUUCAACACGAGCCCCUACGCCAGCAUGGGAUUCAAGGAGACAGCCACUGCUGUGAAAGAAUGAAGGCUACCCCUCUCCUCCCUUUCUUUCCAGCGAACGUAGGAUUUCACUGCAGUCGAGAGACGAGGUUGCCACAGCGACAGCUGGACCGUGCGUUGCAGUCGAUGGAUGUCCUUUGACCUCUUUGCCGCCUUUGAGGGUCACGGGGAAGGCCAUCACCAUGGCAACACGGACACUUGACCCUUGCCCCACAUUUUUCCUCCGCUUUUCUCGGCACCAAAACAUUCAGGCCCUAAUGCUGGUGUGGUACUAGAUUACUUAACAAAUAACAAUAACUUAAACGGACUAUUAACUCUAGAUAGGUUACUAUUUAUCUCUGUGCAUAGGCCUGCUAAAUUAUUCUGCAGUAUAAUGUUAUUUUACUUAUUUCUAUUGUUAUUAUGACCAUUCAUACACUUUCAACUGGUCUUUUGGCUUCAACCAAUAGUUACCAGAUCCUUCACCUGAAAACCUGUGAACCAAACCUAGAGAGCAAAGUGUGCACACACACACAUACACGCAAAAGAAAAACUUCAUGCAUACAGGUUACAUAUAAUUAUUUAUUUAUUUAUCAUGUAUGUAUGCAUUUAAUGAAGUGUGUGUGUGUGUGCACGUGUGUGUGUGUGUGUGAGAAUUUUAUACAGAUUGUACUGCAAAAAUAACUGGCAUUUAUGAACAUAUUUAAUAAUCAAAGUUAACAUUUUGCUAACAAAUAAAAUAAAAUACCUCAGCAAAACCCAGGUUGGUACAAAUUCACACAAUAGAAAUCUAUGAAAUAUUUAUUUUCAGAGGUGAAUGUUUUUUGUUGUUGUUUUUUUUUUUAAAUCACCAAUCCAAAGCCUUACUCAAGCCAUCAGCCCCAAUCUGAUGGACCUUUUUAAGUUUGGACCUAUAAACACGCAGUAUAUCAAAGAUUGAACCGAUCAUCUUAUAGACUGAAUGUUCAUUAGAGCCGAAUGAGAGACAGCCUCUCUGAGAUUAGGUUCUUCCUCUCCCCAUCUAACAUUUAUGACAGGAUUAUGUAUUAAAGAUCCAGAGUAAUAUAUUUAUUAAUAUGCCUGAAAUGGAGGAUUCCUACACUAACAAGAGUAUCGGAGGACUUUAGAGGAAUACUUGACAUUGCAUUAAACCCCCCCAGAUGCAUGCAGGUGUCACAUAUCCAAACAUUGCAGCAUGAACCAGGUCCAACUCGACCUGCCCACCAGAUCUGUGGCCUGUCUGAGCCCCAAGUCUCGGCACCUUUUUAUACACUUUACCUACUCAGCCACUGUUCACCUGUGAUAUCCUGCACACCCACACGCCCUGCAGGAAGUUAUGACCUGACAGGAAAAAGGGACCGGGGACAUGAAUGUUUGAAGUUGUUUAUACAAAGUGACUCGACAGCUCAGAAUCUUAAAAAAAAGUUUUUCUCACCUGAUGCCUCAUCGCGGAGCUCUGUCACGCCGCGUGGUUGGCCCCCCCUCCCCCCGGCGUUUGCAGGCAGCGCCGGGGGGACCAACGUGCGAACGCAGUCCGACCGGCUGUUUUAAUGAGCCGCUCGAUAGCUUGACACCACUUUGAGCUAAGAGAGAGCCGGGCGGGACACGCCGGAGCUAAUGCAUGGUCUUGCACUUACAAACUAUCCAGAUUGUAACACAAGACACAUUGAAUGUAGUACUCGCUGUGUUCCGGGCUCGGAAACACGCAACCCGACAAACACCGCAGCGACUGCGACGACAACAACCACCACAACGACACAUGCAGAGGUACUGAAUCGAAAGCUGAGACGCAGAUACAAGCCUCUCUUGAUUCAUUUGAAUUCACUGGUACUUAACCGUGGCCUAUAUACUGUAAAUAGUGACAGAUAAAUUACAUUUAAGCAAAACGCUGAGAGACUUUGAGAGAUGUUAAGUUAAAUAACUUAUGUUGUUUGUACUGUACAUAUUAUGUGUUUGAGUGAACUUUCUGAUACAACAAAAGCACUAAUUAAGUUAUAGGCUAACCGGUAUGGUUUGGCUUAGAUUUAUUUUUAAACUGUCAUGGGAUAGUCUUGAUGCCACUACGAGGACAUUUUCUAACGCUGUAAUUCUGAAGAAGAAAAAAAGAUUUGAAGAGAAAUCAUCAAUACUUCACAAAAAUUAAUUAUUGUUAUUUAGGUACAACGCAAAUGGCAUAUAUGCAAUAUUUACACUUUUGAAAAAAAUUAGUUUACAAGACGUACCAAAUGUAUAAAUACUGUUAAUAAUGUUUGUUAAACCUUAAAAUCAGAUUUUCUUGCUGUUUGUGCAUUAUUUUUCUCCAAAUUUGAAAUGAAAACUUUUUUUUUUGUGUUUGUUUUUUGCUAAUCAAGCCUCUUGGUGUUUUGAGCAGUGUUUUUUGCAUUUGGAUAAUGUUUCAAGUUUUUAUUCGGCAUCUAAAGGUUACGAUGUGGGCUUAUCUUGCUGUGUCUUUCAUUGUGAAUAUUUCAUAUCUUGCAUAUUGUGAUGCUACUAAGAGAUGAUAAUUUAAAACUUAGUUCAUUGCUUUAGAUUGUAUUGAUUCUUUAUAGACACAUGCAAUAAAUAAUGAUGUUAUUUAAGAAA